AUGGAAACUGACCCAGGAUUCAUCGCUGCUGUCGAAGAAGCUCGUCAGGGCCAAGCCGAAGGUGGCGUGCCUAUUGGCGCAUGCCUCGUCUCCAAGGACGGAAAAAUACUCGGCCGCGGCCACAACAUGCGAGCCCAGAAGGGAAGCGCUACUCUACACGGCGAAAUAUCGGCCCUUGAAAACUCGGGCCGUCUCCCGGCCUCUGCAUACGAAGGCGCGACCAUGUAUACGACCCUGUCGCCAUGCGACAUGUGCACGGGUGCCUGUAUCCUGUACAAGGUCAAGCGCGUCGUGAUUGGAGAGAACAAGACCUUUUUGGGUGGUGAGCAGUACUUGCAGAACCGGGGCAUUGAGGUUGUCGUUCUGCAGAAUGAGGAGUGCGUCAAAUUGAUGACGGAUUUCAUUCGGGAGAAGCCUGAAUUAUGGAAUGAGGAUAUUGCGGUCUAG